UCACACAACGUUCCAUAAUAAAACCUCUUUUGAUUGAACUGUCAAAAAUUGUCACAAUAAUUAAAAACUCCUUCGUGUUAUGUUCGUCAAAAAUUCGUCACCUGAGUUUUAAUCUGUGCGGUUCGCGCGCUUUUUUAUGACAGUUUAAAAUGCGAGACUGUGCGUGUGUGAGUGGGUUUUUUACGUACUGCCUUUAAAAAGGUUUUUUUAAUAAUGUCGUGCUAGUGAUAUUUGCUGGAUUAUUUUAUGAGAUGGCGUAACAAAAUCAUCGAAGAUGGCGGCGGUUUCUUCCGCUCAUUUGCAAGAUCAAAUCAAAAUCCAAGACCACAGCGACGAUGACCAGGACCCAUACUCACCCAAUACAAGAGACACCAUCAGCCCUGACUAUCACGACGAGGAAAAACAAGAAGAAAGACCUAUACAUACAUCCUCUUUCUCCAUUCAUAACGUCUUAAAGAAAGAAAGAGAAACGAAUAGUCCCGAAAAUGUUUUCUCAACGGAAAAAUUACUGCAGAACACUCCAAAUUUCGAAGAAACUUCGAGGAAUUCAGAAAGCGUCAGUCCCAGGAUAGACGAUGAGAAUAAUGACAGGGCGGAUAUUAGUGUCGAUGAUAAUUCAUGCUGCAGCGACGACACGGUGUUGUCAGUUGGUAACGAGGCUCCUGUGUCAAGUUAUCACAGCGAGAAAUCUCAAGAUACACAAGGACUGACCUCCUUCAAACACAUACAGACACACUUAAACGCGAUAUCACAGUUGAGCCAGAACUUGAACAUCAACCAGCCAAUCCUUCUGCGACCAAAUCCAAUAACACCAAACCCAUUAAUGUUUCUGAACCAACCGUUGCUGUUCCAGAACCCUUUAAUGAACCAGGUCGAUCUAAAAUCUGGUAUGCCAAGGAUGGCGAUGCCGCAAAAUAGUUUGAAUUUAAAUCAGCAGUUCAAUAUGAAUUUCGUGAGGAAGAGUCAAGAGUCCCUGAACAGAGUUGAUGAGAAUCGACGUCAGAACCAUAACUUGUCCCCCAAAUCACCAGAUAAUGUCUCCGAGAGGGAUUUUAUCAAUCAGAACUGCUUGAAGUUUAGCAUAGAUAACAUAUUGAAAGCUGAUUUUGGAAGACGGAUCACUGAUCCAUUGACAAAGAGAAAAACUGUCAAAUCGAGACAGUUCGAAGUGAAAGCUACCCCAGUGAAAGAAACCUCUCCAGCUAAGGACGUGGAAGCGAGGGUACCAGAAGUUAAGCCAGGUGAUAAAGGUGCCAUUGAUCUAUCUAAAGGUGAUGACAGUGGGAGCAAUGCUUCAUCAACUCCAGGUACUGCUAGCGACGGUCCGAUGGUGUGGCCUGCGUGGGUAUACUGCACAAGGUACAGCGAUCGACCCAGUUCGGGACGAAGUAAGUACGGGACCCGCUCAGGGACACAACGUGAGACACAAUGA